AUGCUAAUCCCACCACAAUCGCCAUUGUUUGGGACCACCAACAACAAGGGUGAAACUCCCCUCCACGUUGCUGCUAGAGUUGGUUGUGAUGAAGGAGUUGAGUUCCUCAUCAACCCUGCGAAAAAACUACGCGUUGAUGAUGAGGAGAGCGAACCCACUACUUAUCCAAUGACAGGAGGAGCAGUGCUUGAUUGGGGUCGACGCUUCAAGAUUAUUCAGGGUGUUGCUAGGGGGCUUCUUUAUCUCCACCAUGAUUCCUGUUUGAAGGUAAUACAUAGAGAUUUGAAGGUCAGUAACAUUCUCUUGGAUGAGAACAUGAACCCAAAACUUUCAGAUUUUGGAAUGGCAUGUAUCGUUCAAAGCACGCAGAGUCUAGCAAUACUCACAAGGUUGUGGGAACAGUAUAAGCAGCAUCUCUUUCCAUCCUUGGACAAACUGUCACCCAUAUUGUUAUACUGA